UCGGAGUCUGGCCACGCUGUUUUGGCAUUUCACAAAUCUGCUCGAGGUGGCUGGACUCUGCUUGCGUCCCCCUUUCCUGUCCUUUUAAAGGCUCUGAUGUGAGACGGCGACCGCGAAUCUGCGACUGGGACUGCGACAGCUGAGCGCCGGGCUGAGGACACGAUGACCACCAGCAGCGAGGACGUGCUGCUCCAGAUGGGCGAGGUGCGGUACAAGAAGGGCGAUGGCACCCUCUACGUGAUGAACGAGCGGGUGGCCUGGAUGGCGGAGCACCGGGACACGGUCACGGUUUCACAUCGCUAUGCGGAUAUUAAAACCCAAAAGAUAUCGCCUGAAGGCAAGCCCAAAGUGCAGCUGCAGGUGGUGCUUCACGAUGGAAACACCUCUACGUUCCACUUUGUCAAUCGCCAAGGACAGGCCGCCAUGCUCGCUGACAGGGACAAGGUCAAGGAGCUGCUGCAGCAGCUUCUGCCUAAUUUUAAGCGAAAGGUGGACAAGGAUCUGGAAGAUAAGAACCGAAUACUCGUGGAGAAUCCCAAUUUACUGCAGCUGUACAAGGACCUCGUCAUCACCAAAGUACUGACCAGCGACGAGUUCUGGGCCACUCACGCCAAGGAUCAUGCACUCAAGAAGAUGGGCAAGUCCCAGGAGAUCGGCGUCUCCGGAGCCUUCCUGGCCGACAUCAAGCCGCAAACGGACGGCUGCAACGGCCUCAAGUACAACCUCACCUCCGACGUGAUUCACUGCAUUUUCAAGACCUAUCCCGCCGUCAAGCGCAAGCAUUUUGAGAAUGUGCCCGCCAAAAUGCCCGAGUCCGAGUUCUGGACCAAGUUUUUUCAGUCGCACUAUUUCCAUCGUGACCGCCUUACCGCCGGUACGAAGGACAUAUUCACGGAAUGCGGCAAGAUCGAUGACCAGGCAUUAAAGGCGGCUGUGCAGCAGGGAGCAGGUGAUCCCUUGCUGGACCUCAAGAAGUUUGAGGAUGUUCCUUUGGAGGAGGGCUUCGGCAGCGUGGCCGGGGAUCGCAACGUGGUGAAUAGCGGCAAUAUUGUGCACCAGAACAUGAUCAAGCGGUUUAAUCAGCAUUCCAUUAUGGUGCUUAAAACCUGUGCCAACGUGACUGCUCCACCUUCGACUAUGACCAAUGGCACCAACAACGCCAACGGGCCGGUUUCGCAUUCCGCCUAUACAAACGGUGUGAAUGGAAAGGCUACGUCGGCCGCCCCGAAGAACUCCGCCGAACAGGCGGACAAAGACGAACCGCAGAGUAAGAAGCAACGACUGAUGGAAAAGAUUCACUACGAGGAUCUUGGCGAUCCCGUUCUGGAAGGGGUGGACGAUGGCACCAACGGGGAUAAGGCCAACAAGUCCAAGCAGUUCGAGCUGUCCAAGGUGGAGCGCUACCUUAACGGUCCAGUUCAGAACAGCAUGUACGACAGCCACAACGAUCCUAUGAGCUUGGAGGAGGUGCAGUACAAGCUGGUGCGCAACUCGGAAUCCUGGCUGAACCGUAACGUGCAACGGAAUGUCAUCUGCUCCAAGGCGGCAGUAAAUGCCCUGGGAGAACUAAGUCCAGGCGGUUCCAUGAUGCGCGGCUUCCAGGAGCAGUCAGCGGGACAACUUGUACCCAGUGACUUCCAACGUGAGCUGCGUCAUCUAUAUCUUUCGUUGUCUGAGCUGCUGAAGCACUUCUGGAGCUGUUUUCCGCCCACCUCCGAGGAGCUGGAGGCGAAGCUGCAGCGCAUGCACGAGACUUUGCAGCGGUUCAAACAGGCCAAACUAGUGCCUUUUGAAAAUCGCGCCAUGCACGAGCUCUCGCCGCUGCGCUCCUCGCUGACCCAGCACAUGAACCAGCUGCUGCGCACCGCCAACGCCAAGUUUGCCACCUGGAAGGAGCGAAAACUGCGAAACACCAGGUAGCAAACGCCCAACGGAGGCGAUCUCGAGCGUCUGCCACACACCUCAAGAACCAUUAUUAUAGACUAGGACUAACUAUAAGCGUAUGCGGAACGCAUUGGAAUAAAACAUUAUUUGCAACUUGGUA